AUGUUUGUAGUAAAGAGAACAUCACCAUUGUUCAGCGAACUUAUCAACUGUGGUGCUUCUGCAUCAAGAAGAUUCUACACUCCAUCAUCACCACUCAACUCUGUAUACGAUUCAAUCAGAAGAAAGAGAGAAAGAAAGGGUUUAGUAAAUAUUGAAAAGGAAAAUGAAUCAGAUACUAUGGUUUUCCCAAAUGAAAGAAUUGGAUUGGACUAUGCUUUGAAUUGGACAUUGAAUUCAUAUGCAAUCACACCGACUCAGAAUGCAUUCCGUAAUCCAUCGGCAAAGUUGUUGUUCCAAUACGCCGAGGGAACCAAGGAGAAGUCUGGUGCUCUCUCGUGUCAGGUCACCGACAACAAACCGGUCAACUACUAUCUCGACCAACAGGUUGCAACUCUGAAUCAAUCGGCAUCGAAUGUCAUCACGAUCGCGCAAUACAAGCAGUUGCUCGCAGAGGUCAAGAACCACAUUAGCGAAGCCGACAACAUCUACGUGCAGGAUGCCGCCGUCGGAUCGCACCGUGCCUGCGAGGGAAUGGUGCGUGUCAUGACCAACUGUCCACAGACCGCACUCUUCUUGAAACAUCUCCUGCCAAACACUCCACUCCCCGAGGUUCGUGAGUUCAAACAUCAGAUCACCCUCUACGUUGCACCCAACUUUAAGCCAGCGGAUGCCGCCAAGCUAGGAUUGAAAGACAGUGCUGCCGCCGCCGGUUCAUUCAAUGUUAUCGAUGUCAAGAGAGGUAUUGCCGUGAUCGCUGGUAAGCAAUCGAGUGAGAGCAUCCGUCGUACUCUUACCGCAAUCUCCUCGCCAUAUCUCCACAACGAGCGUCAAGGUGUUGCCAUGUCAGCCGCCGACAUCUUCCAGACCAAAGACGACAAGAACAUCUUGGUGUUCUCCGCCGACAACUAUCUCCUCAACAAGAGAUUCGAAUCCGGUAGAGUCAUCUCGCAAGGUUCACUCUGGAACAAAGAAGGUUUAUUCCGUCUUUACGAUUCCAUCUCCUAUCCAUUGGAAUCAGCUGCCAAACAACCACUUGAUUUGAUUGAGAAAUUCACAAAUCCAAAGAGAGUACUCUCAACAGUUCCAAUCAAGAGCAGUGCCAACAUAUAUGCUAGUCCAUCAUCGAUUGUAUUCUUGGUUAGAGAUUCCAAGGGAAUCAUCCCAGCAUUUGCAGAGUUGACUCCAGAGCAAGCAGAGAAAUACUUUACAUCUGGUUUCAAUGGUGAAUCAUUCCAACCAUACUUUACCCCUGAAUCAAUAACUGUAUCACCACAAGGAAAGGCCGAAUUAUUUAAGAAUUUAAUUCAACAAAACAGAACCAAUGUAUAUAUAAUCAAUCCUCUUUCAUUCCAAAAAGAUGCUGAUGUUGAUAAAUUAAUUUCCGUUAUCUCUAGUGGAAAAGUUAACAAAUCAACAAAAUCUGAUAUUUAUAAGUCAUUAUCACCAAUCAAUCUCUCAGAGACUAAAGUUAGUGAAGUCGAUAAGAAUAAGGUCAAGGAGUUUGAAACUCACUUUGAAAACUUCCAUUCCAAGCUUUUUAAUAAUAAUAAUCAAUAA